GGUGAUUCUCAAUUACAAACAACACUGUCCACUACUCCAUAUACAAUAAGUCUUUCCACUACUUGACUUUAAGCUUUGCUUUCUCUGUAUGAAAAUGGAGUUUCGUAGACUUUGAUUCAUUUCACGAAUCAAUCAAAAUUUGCAACUUUUUUGGGUCUUUUCAGCUAAAUAUAAUAAAUCCAAAUGGAGGGUCGUAGUGAAAAGUGCGAGCAAUGUGUAGGAAGAUCAAGAAUUGCUGCAGCAAUAGCAAUUGGUGUUGUUGUGGGACGUGUCUUUGCUUUCUUUUAUCCCUAUGGCUUCUUUUCUCCUGAUCCACAAGCUCAAACUCCGACUCUUUCUAAAUAUAAUGUUUUGGUUGAGUCGUGGUCAUAUGAAUCCACGGAGUGGAUAAACAUGUUGAGAUCAUACAUUAGGAAGUUAUCGGAGGAAAAUGCAGAGUUGCAGAAGCAGCUAAGAGAGCUAAAUGAAAAACUUCAGAUUGCCGAGGAGGGAAAAUGUCGUGUGCAUGAGCAGCUUGUCGUGUUAACUGAACCUAAAAAAGCUGGACCAUUUGGCAAAGUCAAGAGUAUGAGAGCUAACCCGCCUGUCCUUCCUGACGAAUCUGUGAACCCGAGACUAGCUAAGAUAUUGGCAGAGGUUGCAGUUGAGAAUGAGGUCAUAGUUGUACUUGCCAAUUCAAAUGUGAAAUCGAUGCUGGAAGUUUGGUUCACCAGUAUAAAAAGGGUGGGUAUUCCCAAUUAUCUGGUCGUCGCACUGGAUGAUGUGAUUGUGGAUUUCUGCAAGGAAAAUGCGGUCUCCGUUUACAAAAGAGAUCCUGAUGAGAGAGUUGAUUUUAUUGGCAAAACUGGAAGUAACCAAGCCGUGUCAGGACUAAAGUUCCGUAUUCUGAGAGAGUUCUUGCAGCUUGGUUACAGUGUCCUGCUUUCUGAUGUUGACAUUGUGUAUCUGCAAAAUCCAUUUGAUUAUCUAUACCGGGAUUCAGACGUGGAGGCCAUGUCAGAUGGGCACAAUAACAUAACAGCUUAUGGUUACAACGACAUUUUUGAUGAACCUGACAUGGGUUGGGGUCGAUACGCUCAUACAACGAGGAUAUGGGCUUAUAAUUCUGGUUUCUUUUAUAUCCGUCCAACGAUUCCUGCAAUAGAGCUCUUGGAUCGCGUUACUGAUAGGCUUACUGGGGAGCCAAAUUCUUGGGACCAGGCUGUUUUCAAUGAAGAGUUAGCCUUUCCAUCACAUCCUGGAUACAUUGGACUUUAUGCUUCCAGGAGAACAAUGGAUUUGUAUCUGUUCAUGAAUAGCAAGGUCCUAUUCAAAACUGUAGGAAAGGAUUCGAAACUGAAGAAGUUGAAGCCAGUUGUGGUUCAUAUAAACUAUCAUCCGGAUAAGCUUGACAGAAUGAAAGCAGUUGUUGAGUACUAUGUUAAUGGCAAACAUGAUGCUCUGGAUGUAUUUCCGGAUGGUUCUGAUUUCUGAAUAGUAGCUACUAAUUCCCACCUUUUGCUGGAUCAAUGUGUAAUGUCAACAUCCUAUCAUCCUGUAUUUUGCUUCUCUGUUCUAAAUAUGUCUCUUUGCCACACAGGUUCACUGAAUAAUAAUGCAAAUAGUAUUCUUAUC